UUCAGUGUCCCGUGUUAUUACACAGCAGUAUUUGGGGUGGCGCGCCUGUCGCUCGUGUGUUUUGCUGGUCGGAGGCUUGUACACUAUGUGCACAGAGAUGGCAAGAGAGCCGUAGCUGACUGUGGGGCCUGUACGGUGGGCAUUUCACCGACAACCGGAGCGGACUGUGUGGCCUGUACGGUGGGUAUUUCACCGACAACCGGAGCUGACCGUGGGGCCUGUACGGUGGGCAUUUCACCGACAACCGCUGAGACACUGGGAGUAAGAGAGGAGCGAACAACGGACAAGAGGAACCAUGGGACACGGAGUGGGCUGAACCAGAGGGUCAAGCAGCACACACCAAUUGUUUCCCACUGUGGUGUAUGACAUGGCCACGGCCUCAUCGAGAGCAGAGUCUAGCCAUAACCACAGAGGAACAUCACAGCUCCAUGCCAUUGUUUCCUGUGCCAAAAUCAAGAGGAAGAAAAGCCUGUUUGGGACUGCCAUUUAUGUGGAGGUGACAGCGGAGGGGGAGUCGCGACGCACAGCGAAGUCCUACAGCUCCUCCAGUCCUAAAUGGGAUGAGAGGCUCACUCUGAAUGUAACACCGCACACUCUGGUGGAUUUCAAAGUAUGGAGUCACCACACCCUGAAAGCAGACGCUCUGCUGGGCAAAGCCAUGCUGGACCUAACACAAGCCUUGGAACAGCAUGACAGAAAACUGGAGAAUGUGAAGGAGGUGCUGAAGUUGAGUGUGGAGCAGAAGGGAGUUGUGGUUCCCUGCGGGGAGCUGACGAUCUACCUAGACGGACUGACUGUCACUGACCAGGAGGAACUGGCACCACUCACCAACGGCAAUGCAGCAAAUGGCACCAAAGUCCAACAGAACGGUGAUGCCAUCCAUGAAAAUGGAGACUCGUCUUCCUCUUCCUCAAGGGCUGCCAACAGCACAGUGAAUGGUACAGACUUGGACCCUAGGUCUAGUUCAGCCUCUAAUGGUGUGGACGGUCAGGUGCCUUCCAGUUCCUGUAGCCCUGCUCUCUCUCACAUCGUCAAUGGAGACGCCACACCCAACUCCACCCCAGUCCACCAACCUUCAGACAGUGACACAGAGAGUAGGACAGUCAACGGGGAGUCCUGUGAUGCUGCUCUCGGGCCAUCGCCUGCUACAACAGGUGAUGUGCUGCCCCCUGCAGAUGACCACGAGGACUGCAAUCAAGAUGCCGCCCCGCCAGACUCUGACACAGCACCAAAUAGCACAUCUCAACCCCUGCCAACCUCCACACAGGCUCCAGCCUCCUCUACUGCUGCUAAGCCCACUGAUGGCGCUCCUGCUCCUGCUGCUGCUGCUGCUCCUGCUGCUGCUCCUGCUGCUGCUGCUGCUGUUGUUGUUGCUGCUGCUCCUUCUUCCGCAUCCACCUCCCCAGCCCAAGGGGGCAAUACCAUCACAAACUCCUCGUCAUCGUCCUCCUCCCCCCCAGCACUGGGAGAAACAAAUGCCUCAGGAGCAGGCGGGUGUAGCAGUAGUAGCAAUACAACUGUAACAACAGAUGGGGCCAAGCCCAGACAGCAGGCCCCCAAUGCUGGAGCAUCAGAUCCUCUGCCACCGGGGUGGGAGCAAAGGAAAGACCCGCAUGGGAGAACGUACUAUGUAGACCACAACACCAGAACUACUACCUGGGAAAGACCACAGCCACUACCACCAGGAUGGGAGCGCAGAGUGGAUGACCGAGGCAGGAUCUAUUAUGUGGACCACAACACCCGCACCACCACGUGGCAGCGUCCAACUAUGGAGUCAGUCCGCAACUUUGAGCAGUGGCAGAGCCAACGCAGCCAGCUGCAGGGAGCUAUGCACCAGUUUAACCAGAGAUACCUCUACUCUGCAUCCAUGAUGUCUGCUGAGAAUGAUCCUCUUGGCCCGCUACCUCCUGGAUGGGAGAGGCGCGUGGACGCCAAUGAUCGAGUGUACUUUGUCAACCAUAACACCAAGACAACACAGUGGGAAGACCCCCGAACCCAAGGGCUACAGAAUGAGGACCCACUGCCAGAAGGUUGGGAGAUCCGCUACACAAGGGAAGGGGUUCGCUAUUUCGUAGAUCAUAACACCCGAACCACCACUUUCAGCGACCCCCGCACUGGAAAGUCCUCUGUCACCAAAGGCCCUCAGAUCGCUUAUGAGCGCAGCUUCCGAUGGAAGCUUGCCCAUUUUCGCUACUUGUGCCAGUCCAAUGCUCUCCCUAGCCAUGUGAAGAUCACCGUCUCCAGACAGACAUUGUUUGAAGACUCUUUCCAGCAGAUAAUGGCCCUGAAGCCUUACGACUUGAGGAGGAGACUCUAUGUCAUCUUCAGAGGGGAGGAGGGUCUAGACUACGGUGGCUUAGCCCGGGAGUGGUUCUUCUUGUUGUCCCACGAGGUGCUGAACCCCAUGUACUGCCUGUUUGAGUAUGCCGGCAAGAGCAACUACUGUCUGCAGAUCAACCCGGCCUCGGCCAUCAACCCUGACCACCUCUCCUACUUCUGCUUCAUAGGCCGCUUUAUUGCAAUGGCACUUUUCCAUGGCAAGUUCAUCGACACAGGCUUCUCCCUGCCUUUCUACAAACGCAUGCUGAACAAGAAGCUAAUCCUCAAAGAUCUGGAGUCCAUAGACCCCGAGUUCUACAACUCACUCAUAUGGAUCAGGGACAACAACAUUGAGGAGUGUGGCCUGGAGAUGUACUUCUCAGUUGACAUGGAGAUCUUGGGGAAGAUCACCUCCCAUGACCUCAAACCUGAUGGCGCCAAUGUCCUAGUCACUGAGGAGAACAAGGAGGAGUAUAUCAGUCUAAUGGCAGAGUGGAGGUUCUCCCGCGGGGUAGAAGGUCAGACCAAAGCGUUCCUGGAUGGCUUCAAUGAAGUGGUUCCACUUCAGUGGCUCCAGUAUUUUGAUGAAAAGGAGCUGGAGGUGAUGCUGUGUGGCAUGCAGGAGGUAGACCUGCAGGACUGGCAGAGGAACACAGUGUACCGUCACUACACCAGGAACAGCAAACAGAUCAUCUGGUUCUGGCAGCUGGUGAAAGAAGUUGACAACGAAGUGCGUCUGCGGCUCAUGCAGUUUGUCACUGGAACCUGCAGGCUUCCCCUGGGCGGCUUCGCUGAGCUCAUGGGAAGUAACGGGCCUCAGAAGUUCUGCAUUGAGAAAGUGGGGAAGGAUACAUGGCUUCCUAGGAGCCACACAUGUUUUAACCGCUUGGACUUGCCCCCUUACAAAAGCUUCGAGCAGUUGAAGGAGAAGCUCCUCUUUGCCAUCGAGGAAACAGAAGGAUUUGGCCAAGAAUAGAGGAAGGAGUCUUACGUAUUUCCCUCCUCUCCCCAUCGCUGUUUAUUCAGCCAAGUAAAAUAAACAAAAAAUUGCACAAGAUAACCAC